AGAGCCUGGCUACCAAGCGAAAUCGCUCAGGGGUCAGGCGGUCCGGGCCGAGCCCAGUCCCCGAGCCCCAGUCCGGGCAGCCUCUGUCUCCCCGAGACCAGGGAAGCUUUGGGGGCCGCGGGGCGCGAGGCGGCGGCUCGGACCUCGCGGGGACAGAGCCCGCGGCCGGGGCGGAGCCGGUGGUGCCUGGCUGGGCGGUGCAUGCAAAUCCGCCGGGCGCCGGGGCGGGGCGCAGGAAGCCCGGGCGGGUUGGGUCCCGCGCCCAGGAAAACCCCGCGCCGCGCCGCCCGGGGCUCCCCUCCUUCUCGUUCGGGCGCCCGGUGGGCGAAUGGACCAGGAGCCGUCAGGCCCCUUCCCCUGUCCCGAUGGGGCGGCUUUGCUCUGGGCUCCUGCUCCCCGUGAGCUGCCUGAUCCUGGUGUGGGCGGCAGCCUCUGGGAGUGCCCAAGUGCUACACAAGCCCUCCUGCAUCUCCGACUACCUCAGCAUCUCCACCUGUGAGUGGGAGAUGGCCCGUCCCACCAACUGCAGCACCGAGCUCAGCCUGUCCUACCAGCUGGAGGCUGUGGUCCCUGAGAACUACACGUGCAUCCCCGAGAACCUCAGAGACGCUGUGUGCGUGUGCCACAUGUUCAUGGAGGCCAUGUUCGGAGCGGACACCUACAAGCUAGACCUGUGGGCGGGGCCCCAGCUGCUGUGGUCAGCCUUCUUCAAGCCCAGCGAGAAUGUGAAACCCAAGACCCCCGGCAACCUCACGGUCCACACCAACAUCUCUGACAUGGUGCUGCUGACCUGGAGCAACCCAUACCCUCCGAACAACUUCCUGUAUGAUGACCUGUCCUACAUGCUAAACAUCUCCAGCGAGGCGGACCCCACGGAGAUCAAAAUCUACAACGUGACCUACCAGGGGCCCACCCUGCGCCUGCCAGCCAGCAGCCUCAAGGCCGGGGUUUCCUACUCGGUGCGGGUGAGGGCCCGGGCUGGGAGCUACAACAGCGCCUGGAGUGACUGGAGCGCCAGCGCCAGGUGGCAGAACCACUACCAGGUGCCCCUGGAGAAGCGCCUCCCACUGGGCGUCAGCAUCUCUUGUGUCGUCAUCCUGGCCAUCUGCCUGUCCUGCUAUUUCAGCGCCAUCAAGAUUAAGAAGGAAUGGUGGGAUCAGAUUCCCAACCCCGCCCACAGCCCCCUGGUGGCCAUCGUCAUCCAGGACUCUCAGGUGUCACCGUGGGAGAAGCGGGCCCAAGGCCAGGAACCAGCCAGGUGCCCACACUGGAAAACGUGCCUGACCAAACUCUUGCCCUGCCUGCUGGAACAUGGUGUGAAGAGGGAGGAAGAGUUGCCCAAGGCUGUCAGCAACAGGCCUUGCCAGGGCCCUGAGAAGCCUGCCUGGUGCCCGGGGCUGAGCAAGGCGGUGCUGUGGCCAGAGAGGAUCAUCGUGGUGCAGUGCGUGCAGCUGCUGGAGGCCCCGGCGCAGGGCGAGGAGGAGGCCGUGGAGGAGGACAGAGCGGGCAGCCCGUGCCCAUCGCCCGCGAGCAGUGCGGGCGGCUUCCUGGACGGCAGGGAGGGCAUCGCGGCCCGGCUCACGGAGAGCCUCUUCCUGGACCUGCUGGGGGAUGAGCCUGGCUGGGGGCAGUCGGCCCUUCUCCCGUCCCCAGGAAGCGGGAGUGCCCCGAAGCCCCGGGCCGAGCCCCCAGAUUCCGGGUGGCCGGAGGAGGCAUCGCGGCAGGGCGAGGAGCCCGCCUUCCCUGCCAGCCUGGCUAGUGCCGGGACGCCCGUCGUCACAGACAACCCCGCCUACCGCAGCUUUAGCGCCUGCCAGAGCCAGACGCCGCCGAGUCCCCCAGAGUUUGCCCCCGAACCCCUGCUGGUCGAAGACUCCGGGAGCCCAGGUGCCGCCUCCGAGCUGGCCACCGGGCUGCAGCCUGAGCCGGGAAGCUGGGAACAUGUGCUACGCCAAUGGGUCCUGCAGCACGGGGCAGCCCCAGCCCCCGUCUCAACCCCCUCCAGUGGCUACCGGGAGUGUGUGCCGACCGAAAAGCAGGCUAGCGCCCAGGAUGGCACAGGGCCGGAAGCUGGCCCUCCCGGAGAGGCUGGGUACAAGGCCUUCGCCAGCUUGUUGGCUGGGGGCUCUGUCUACACGGGGACACCUGCGCCUGGGGCCAGCAGCGGGGGCGGGGGCUAUAAGCCCUUCGAGCACCUCGUCUGCCCCGGGGACCCGGCCCCAGUGCCCAUGCCCCUGUUCACCUUUGGACUGGACGUGGAGCCUCCUCCCUCCCCAGGGCAGCCUGCGGCCAAGGGAGGGGACGGGCAGAAGUCGCCGCCAUCCCCAGCGCAGGCCACGGAGCCCGUCAGGGAUGACCUGUGCAGUGGCAUCGUCUACUCUGCCCUCACCUGCCACCUGUGCGGCCACCUGAAACAGUGUCACGGGCAGGAGGAGAGCGGCCAGGCCCAGGUGGUGGCCAGCCCCUGCUGUGGCUGCUGCUGUGGAGACGGUGCUGAGCCCAGGAGCCCCUGGAGGACCCCGGAUCCCUCUUCGCCCCCCAACCAGGCUCACCUCCCUCCAGCUUCCCCGGAACCCCUAGGUGGCUUUGAGGAGGGCAAGCCCCAAGCGGCCAUCCCAUCUUCCCCCAGCCACACUUGGGACUCAAGCCAGCCCCCCAAAAUGGCGGGCCUGGUCUCCGCAGGGUCCACACACACGAGGGUUGCCUAGGUAUGGGCGCUUUUGCUGCUGAGGUCUUCGGGUGAGGCCUGGGGCUUCUCCAUGCCAGCCAGGAGCGUUGCCCUGGGGCUCAGCGAACCAUGGUGGGAAGGGGUGACGUUGGCCAAACCCCUGGGGCCUCAGGGACUCCCCUGCCCCGCCCCCCAGCGUCAGCCUGGGCUUGCUGCGUCCAUUGGAACUGGGUGCCACUGGGCCAGCUCUGCCCGGGCACUCCCCACGUGGUCCCGUCACACCUGCCCAAGCUGUGCCCUAGGCACCGAGUCACCUCGAACCCCGGGCCUGGGGGGAGCUGUUGUUGGGAGCUUAGAAACCAAGAAAGCCAACAUGGGAAUGAGUUGGGGAGCCUGGGCAGACAGGCUUGGAGAGGGAGGGCUUUGGGCCGGAGGUGCCGGUCCUGGGGUUGCCACCCAGCUGGCGGCAAUCAAGGAGGAUGUGAGCAGCAGACCCCUGCUCCCCUCUAAGGCUGGGGACCCCUAGGAAGCAGGAGAGUGGAGGAGCCUCACCGCCUGCCGGCGGCCCCCCCUCCACUCCUCAGAGACACCUGCUGCGCCAGGAGCUGGGUGAGACCGCGCUGAGGUCCGGUAUGGGGCUGUGCCCUGCACGGGGUCGCAGCCCCCAGGGGCUGCAAAGGCAGGCCUUGGCUUGAAGAAGGUUUGAGUCCCAGUUUGUUGCCUCACCUGGUAGCUUCAUGUGCUGGAGGGAGGGAGGAGUUUUCUAUAAAUAAAGGUUCGUUCUUUUUCUCGUU